GUGAUAGAGAAAGGUAAAUAAACAACACAGGCGUAGAGGGGAACUAAGGAAGAAUGGAAUGUGAUUACAAUUUCUUAUGAUAGCAACCGAAGUAAAUUAGUUUCUUGUGUUUUAUUAAACAUCUUGCCAACGUAAUAUUGAACCGAAAUGUAUUAACCUUGAAACACGAGUUAAUUCUCAAAUCACACGAAAUCAUAAUGGAUAAAUUCGAUUGGUUUUUUAUAUCUUAGCAAUAAUUAUGUACCUGUUAUGUCUGAAUAUCAGAAUAAGUACGGUAACGUGUCCCGGUGUUUGGCUGUGUCCUAAAGGUGAAGUUAUACUCAAAGUGCAAGCACUACAGCAGGUCAAGAAGACCAAAGGAGUGUAUCCCAAGUUUCCAAUUCCUUUUGUUGAAAAGUUAUCAUUCCAAAAAGUAGUCGUUGGUGGAGUGGAAUCGAUCGCAGAUUUAUUAGAUACCGAAGAAGUGCAAAUAGAGUUGAUACAAUGGAUUCGAUUCGAUUCAAAAAUGGGCGUUGUUUUAGCCAAAUUCAGUCAACAUUUAGGCAAUCUAUUCGACUCGUUUGUUAUUGGUCCUGAAGGAGUAUCUGUGUCCUGCAAGACCGAUAUGCUGAUGCGUAGAACGGAGUAUUUUCCAGGUAUUAUUUCGCCGAAGGUGAACGCUACGUUUGAGCUUGAAAUCGAGUCUCAUAAGAAGAAUAUGGACACUCUGUAUCGAUCGAUAUCACCGGAUGACUACUCCGAACCUUACCUAUCAAGACAACGAAGAGUGUGCCAUUCUUAUACUGGGUAUCCAUAUUGUUCAAUUUGUUCAUUAUACAAGUACGAUACUCAUCAUAGCAGUUACCCAAAAUAUGAAUCUCGCAAGUCUCUGAGUAGUAUUGGUAAUUACUCCGGUAGCAUAAUGAAUUUAUCGUGUUGUUCUUGGUGCGAUUAUUCUGAUUCGUCGAUUCGCAAGUGUUGCUGUUGUUGCAAAUAUCAUCACCUACUGUACUAAAUCAUAGCUUACCUAUUAUCUUUACUUUAUUUCUUUAUAGAAAUGUUCCUAUAAUCAACAAAUUGCUUUAAUUUUACCUUUAUUAAGUAGCUAGUAAGUAAGUACUUAUUUAGUUUCUUUUCUCAGUUUUACCUAUUUGUUUUUUGUUUUGAUUUUUGUGAGUUGUUUUUUGAACUUGAAGGGUGCAAUAUCACGUGCAAUAUUUUAUUUUUUAGUGAGUUUUUUAAUUUUUAAUUCCAAAUCAUAGUAUUAUAAAGAAUCAAAAUAUGUAUUUUUUAUUAUAUUUAGAUACGUAAUAAUCAAUUUAAAUCAAAUAUAUUCUCUUAAUGUGUUACGUA